UUUAUUUCCUGCAUUAGGUAUGAUAGAGCAAAGGUUCUUAAUCUAGAGUCCAUGAACUUAUUUUGACGAUUAUCUUUUCAGUUUUUUUAAUUAGUUUUUCAAAUUCAGUCUUAUUUUCAAACACACAUUCUCUUCUCACCUCCCCCUUCACACUCCACACCUCCAUUGAGAAGGUGAGAAAAAUAAAUCCUGUUACAAACGCUACAGUAAAGCGAAAUGAAUCCUCACGUCAUCUUGUCUCCCUCCCUUCCCCAAUGUGCUUCAGUCUGCACUGAGUCUGCACCUCUCUGUCUGGAGGUGCACAGCAAUUCCUCUUGGAUUGUGGCUGGUCAUUGCGUUCAUCAGAGAUCCUGACGUUUGUCUUGACAAUGUUACUGUUACUGUAUAAAUUGUUCUCCUGGUUCUGCUUACUUUACUUUGCAUCAUUUCAUACGAGUCUUACCAGGUUUCUGUGGAAUCAUCCCCUUCUAACUAGGUGCCAUCGAGCUUUCUGGAAGUUAUCAGAGGCUGUGAUCGUGACAGUUCUCCUGGGGCCCGUUUGUGGCUCUGCGGCUGCACUGCCCAGCCUCUGUGGCCGAAGUUCCGACCGGCUCGACCGACCUUCCUGCCGGUCUGUAUUGGGCAAGCGCACAAGCCACCGGGACUCUCCGAACUACGUUUCCCAGACACCCUUGCCGAUUCAGCUCCCGGCUUUCCGGGCGGGAUUGGCCGGAAAAAGCAUUCUCCUUCCGCUUCCCCCUACGUCACUUCCGUUCCCUCUUGGGCCCCUCCCGGCUGCUCCGUCCUCAGCCUCCGCCUCCGCCUCCGCUUCCUCCGGGGCCCGAGCCCUGCGUCCUCCCGGGCCGGAGCCCUGCGUCCGUCCUGGGCCGGGCUCUGCCUUCCCAGGACAUUGCCCUUGCCCAAGAGAAGAGAGAAUGGCCCCUGUGCUCCUGACAGCCCAUGUCCCUCAGGAAUCAGUAACAUUCAAGGAUGUGGCUGUGGACUUCUCCUGGGAGGAAUGGGGGCAUCUGGAACCUUCUCAGAAGGAGCUUUACCGGGAGGUGAUGCUGGAGAACUACAGGAACCUGGUCUGCCUGGGGCUUGCCAUUUCCAAACCAGAUGUGAUCUUCCAGUUGGAGCAAGGAGAAGCACCUUGGAUGCCAGAGGGAGAAGGCCCAAAAUGCAGGUGUGCAGACUGGAAGCCUAGGCCAAAGCUGGGCAUUUCUAUGGAUCUGUCAUCCCUGGAAAUAAUCCCAAGGGAAGGCACCUGUCACUCCAAGUUGGGAGAUGCUUAUGAAUGGAAUGCCAGGCUAAAGAGGAAGCAAAGCAAGGAAGAGAAGCAUUUUCAGCAAGUCAAAAUCAUCCAGAGGAGCUCUCUGAAAACCGUGAAGGACAAUGAAUGGAAUGAAUGUGGCAGGAGGUUCAGUCUAGGGCCAGGCCAUUCUCUCUGCCAGGGAGACCAAACAGGAACAAGGCUCUGCAAGUAUGGUACCGACAAAAAGAGCCACUCACUCAAUUCAGACCUAAGUAGAAGCAGUGAAUUCAACUCAAAGAAGAUGCUUGCCAAGCAUAAUGAACGUGACAAUUCCUUCAGCCAUAAUGCCAACUUUACGGACUGUCAAAGAAAUUGGACUGGAGAGAAACUUUGUGGAUGUGGUGAAUGUGAGAAAGCCAGAUGCACUAACUUGUGCAUUGCUUCAUAUCAUAGAAUUCCUUCUGGAGAGGAACCAGAUAAAUUUGGUGAUUGUGGGGAGACCUUCUCCCCGAGCCCACAACUUCUUGAACAUCAGGUAAUGCCUCCUGAGGAGAAAGCAUAUGAGUGCAAUGAAUGUGGGAAGACCUUUAGAUACAGUUCGUCUCUUACUUCUCAUCACAGGAUUCAUACUGGAGAGAAACCCUAUGAAUGUAAUGAAUGUGGAAAGGCCUUCAGACACUGCUCAUCCCUUACUUUCCACCUCAGGAUUCAUACUGGAGAAAAACCUUAUGAAUGUAAUGAAUGUGGAAAGGCCUUUGGCCAAAGCAUACAACUUCUUGGACAUCAGAGAAUUCAUACUGGAGAGAAGCCUUAUGAAUGUAAUGAAUGUGGGAAGACCUUUAGACACAGUUCAUCUCUUAUUUCCCAUCACAGAGUUCAUACUGGAGAGAAACCUUAUGAAUGUAAUGAAUGUGGGAAAACCUUCAAACACAGCUCUUCUCUUACCUACCAUCACAGAAUUCACACUGGAGAGAAAUCAUAUGAAUGUAAUGAAUGUGGAAAGGCCUUUCGGGAGAGUUCAAAACUGACUCGACAUCAGCGAAUUCAUACUGGAGAGAAACCUUAUGAAUGUAACGAAUGUAGGAAGGCCUUUAGUCGGAGAACACAACUUACUCGACAUCGGAGAAUUCAUAGUGGAGACAGACCUUAUGAAUGUAAACAAUGUGGGAAAGCCUUUUGUCAGAAGACCCAGCUUACUAAACAUCAACGAAUUCAUACAGGAGAGAAGCCAUAUGAGUGUCAUGAAUGUGGCAAGGCCUUUCGCCAAAGAUCACAUCUCACUUGCCAUCAGAAACUUCAUAUUGGAUUGAAGCCCUACAAGUCUGAUAAAUGUGAAGGGUCCUUUUCCCAGAGCACACAAGUUAUUGAACAUCAGAAGAUUAAUGUUGGAGAGAAAGCUUAUGAAUGUCAUGAAUGUGGGAGGACUUUUUCUCAGAGUGCACAUCUUGCUCGACAUGAGAGGCGUCAUUUUGGCGAGAAACCUUACGAAUGCAGUGAAUGUGGGAAGACCUUCAGCCGUAGUGCAUAUCUUACUGAACAUCAGAGAAUUCACACUGGAGAAAAACCUUAUGAAUGUAAUGAGUGUGGAAAGUCCUUCAUCCGAGGCACUUACCUUACUCUACAUCAGAGAACUCAUACUGGAGAAAAACCUUAUGAGUGUCAUGAAUGUGGAAAGGCCUUUCCCCAGAGCAUACAGCUUCUUGGACAUCAGAGAAUUCAUACAGGAGAAAAACCUUAUGAAUGUAAUUACUGUGGGAAGACAUUUAGACAUAGUUCAUCCCUUAAUUCCCAUCACAGAGUUCAUACUGGAGAGAAACCUUAUGAAUGUAAUGAGUGUGGGAAGGCCUUCAAACACAGCUCUUCCCUUACUUACCAUCACAGAAUUCAUACUGGAGAGAAACCAUAUGAAUGUAAAGAAUGUGGGAAGACCUUCCCCCAGAGCAUACAACUUGUUGGACAUCAGCGAAUUCAUACUGGAGAGAAACCUUAUGAAUGUAAUGAAUGUGGGAAAGCCUUUAGCCGGAAAACUCAACUUACUCGACACCAGAGAAUUCAUACUGGAAACAAACCUUAUGAAUGCAGUGCAUGUGGAAAGGCCUUUUGCCAAAAGACCCAGCUCACUAAACAUGAACGAAUUCAUACUGGAGAGAAGCCAUAUGAAUGUCAUGAAUGUGGGAAGGCCUUCCGCCAAAGGUCACAUCUUACUUACCAUCAGAGAAUUCAUACUGGAGAUGGUCUCUGUGAAUAUAGUGAAAAAAAGAAAGAUUUCAGUCAUACACUUUUCUGAAAAUGUUAGACUACAAACUUAAAGGAAACCAAAUAAAUCACAUAAUUAUUUUAUUUCCUAGAGCAUCUCUUCCAAACUCUUCUCAUGUUGCGAGCCUCCUCUUGUACAGUGUGCAGAAUUACAGCAGCUAACUUUGUCCCAUUUUUUCAGUGAUGAUCUCACUAAUUCAUUCUCCUGUUCUCUUGUUCCCACCCUUCCCCCCUUUUUCCUGCUGUCAUAUGAACCUGACAUCUGGGAGAUCUUAAUUCAAAUCUUCUCCGUAACAUCUAUCAGUUUAUUUAGUGGGAGCCAUUUCCUUUAAGCUCUCAAUUUCAGUUUCCUCAUCUCAGAUAAAAAUGCCUGUAAUACUUAUUUCAUAUCGUAGUUGUGCUUAUCAAAUAAAUCAAUAAAUGUGGUAAAGCAUUUUCCAAGUUUUAAAA